UUUAAAUUGACUGACGAAAUUCCCAAUGCAAACACUGAGAGAACACACAACAAACACACAAAUGAGUCGCCCGGCCAACUGGGUGGCAAAGACUUUAGAGGUAAAAGGCUGCAAGGGGGACGCCAAACAAACCCAAGAGAGGUUCAGGAGAGAUGAUAGUGUUAGAACCUGUGCUAAGAGUUUUGAAAUUUUCAGACCAGAAUGUGGCAAGCCGGGGACAGACCCAAAACAUAUGGAGAUGAUCAGCUGGAGAUUGUCUGCACCUAUGAGCUGACAUGGGUUAGUUACAGUGUGGGUGUGGAUGGUUGACUCCAGCCCCCGUAGCCCUAACUCUAACCCUCCAGAAAACAAGAGGAAGAUGAGGAUGAGAAUGAUAAAACUUCCAGUGAGCUUCCAGGGCCCUGGAGGCCUUGGACUCAUCACGGCCGCUUGCUCCGCGCCGCCAGAGGGCGACAAUGACCCGAGGAGGCAGCGUUACAGCCGCCGAAGAAGCGCGAGAUGAAGGGUCGUCAUGUGUCAAGCUGAGUCGCUGGAGUCAGCUGACAAAUCCGGUUCGCUUGCUAUGUUUACUUUCUUUGUUUGGUGCGUUUAACUGCGUUUUUUCCUUUGAAUGAAUGCAGCGGUAUGCGUCGCCCCGGAGAACCAUGGUAGUGGUCAACUCGGUGCUCAAGCUGUUGCAGAGGCAGACUUACACCUGCCUGUCCCACCGAUACGGACUCUACCUCUGCUUUGGAGGGAUCGUCCUCAUGAUAGUUUCCGCCUUUCAGUUUGGAGAGGUGGUGGUGGAGUGGAGUCGCGACCAGUAUCAUGUGCUGUUUGACUCCUACAGAGAUAAUGUUGGCGGAAAGUCGUUUCAAAGCAGGCUCUGUCUGCCCAUGCCUAUUGAUGUGGUGUACACGUGGGUGAACGGUACGGACAUAGCCCUGCUGAAGGAGCUGAAGACGGUCAAGGAGCAACUGGAGGAGGAACAAAAAGCUCUAAGGGAACGCCUUGGGAGGAACGCCAGCGAGACAACUGAAGUGCCAAAAGAUAGUGUUAAGCCUGAGUGCCUGCUGUCCCACUGCAUCAUAGCGCCAAUGCUGGCCCUGGACCCGGCGCUGCCAGCCAACGUCACGAUCAAAGAGCUGCCGACGCUCUCGUCCUCGUUCUCCGCUGCCAAAGAGCUGCUGCUCGUGAACAAACCCUUCCACUCGCCCACGUCCGUCUCUGUGGUCGUCUUCCACUCGCAGGCUGACGCCGAUAAAGCCUACACAGAUGUGUCGAAAGAAGAGCAGAAAUUCUCUGUGUCCAGAUGUUACCUGACGACAGAUAAAGAGGCUCCGGGCCUGAUCCGCAUGCAGUCUCUGGCUUAUCUGAGCGGGUUCCCGGCUUCCUACAAGGAGACGGAGCAGCUUCGGGUCAAACUGCCGUCCAUCAUCACCGGCAAGAUCAAACAGUUUGAGCUGUACUCGGAGGCCAGCAUCGCCCUCCUCCACCUGAACACGCCGCAGGAUUUCACUGAUCUGACCCAGCAGGCGAAGAAGAACCUGACGCUGGAUGGGAAAGAGUUAACCAUCAGCCCUGGCUACUUGUUUUGGGACCUUACGGCCAUCUCACAGUCCAAACAGGAUGAGGACGUAUCAGCCAGUCGGUUCGAGGACAAUGAGGAGCUCCGCUAUUCCCUGCGCUCUGUGGAGAGACACGCCCCGUGGGUGCGCCACAUCUUCAUCGUCACUAACGGUCAGAUUCCCUCCUGGCUCAACCUGGAUAACCCUAGAGUUUCAGUCAUCACACACCAGGAUAUCUUUUUGAACGACAGCCACCUUCCCACGUUUAGCUCCCCUGCUAUAGAGACCCACAUCCAUCGGAUCCCAGGACUCUCCCAGAAAUUCAUUUACCUCAACGAUGACGUGAUGUUCGGCAAAGAUGUGUGGCCGGACGACUUUUACAGCCACUCGAAAGGGCAGAAGGUCUAUCUCACCUGGCCUGUUCCCAACUGUGCAGAGGGCUGCCCAGGAUCCUGGAUUAAAGAUGGAUACUGUGACAAGGCUUGUAACAACUCUGCUUGUGACUGGGAUGGAGGAGACUGUCUAGGUGCAGCGGGGAACAGUCGGUUCGCUCCUGGGAUUGGUGGAGGUGGGCCGGGUGGAGCUGGUGGACCGGUGUGGCAGUUUGGUGGUAUGGGAGGUCUUGGAGGAACAUCCUACUGCAAUCAAGGCUGCGCCAACUCCUGGCUGGCGGACAAGUUCUGUGACCAGGCCUGCAAUGUACUUUCCUGUGGCUUUGAUGUUGGCGAUUGUGGCCAAGAACACUUUGGCGAGCUGCACCACGUGACCCUGCUUCGAGACCAGAGCCUCUACACCCUCCCUGUGGGCGAGAUCAGGCCGUAUUUCAGCUUCGACGGGCUGGCUCGCCGAGUCUCUGAGGCCCACGUUGCUGACAACCCGGUGGUUCGUCACACCUCCGUCGCCAACAAGUGGAAGACCAUUCACCUGCUGCUGCACCCCGGCCAGAACGCCACCCAGAUCCAGUACAACCUCACUUUCCAGAGAGAAGACAACUCAGAGUUCACAAUGAGCUUCAGCGUAGCUGUUGACACUCGUGAGCUUCCUCCUAUGAAUGCGUCCCAGACUGUGAGCAAAGACUCGGCAAAAGAUCCCCAGCUGACCCCGACCCCUGAGCCAGUAUUCCCUUUCUCAGAUGUUCCCGAGGACAAACGCGGGCCCAAGAUCCAGCCGAUUCAGUCUGAGGUUCCUGAGGUCAUCAUACAGGUUCCUUCAUUAAAUGUCUCGCUUUUACCAGAUACUGUACGCAGUGAGCUUCAAAAGCUGGAAGAAAAGCUGCUGAUCGGUGACAUUACCAUGAAGGGUUAUAACUUCACAAAGGCUGAACUUCUAAAACCUUACAAGGCGAUGGCUGAGAAACAGCAGCAAGUCAAUGUACAGGCAGGAAGUGAUGGUGUAGGUGGAGUCCAGGGGAAGGCCUUGAAAGACCUGAAGGAAAAACAGGUGGAAGAAAAACCACCCAUCAAAGAAGAUGUCAUUGAUAAAAAUCCAAUCUCAAAAGAAGACCUAUCAAAGAAAGGCACAGCUGAGCAACACAAACCUGUAACUCCUCUCAUCCCCGGCAUUGAUGACAAAAGCAAAGAAACUCACAAAACAUAUCCUCCCAUUGAGAGGCCCCUGACUUCAAAGCUUCUAAGCAGCAUUUCCCACAAGAAAGAGAGUCGUGCUGAGCCAGACCAAGCUCCUCUGCUGGGGAGGAGGCUCCAACACUUCACCUCAGCAGAUCGAGGCUUCCUACCCUGGGAGAGGAGGAAAUAUUUCCAAAGCUUGCUUGAAGAAGAGGAACGUCUUCAGAAGGAGCUGUCGUAUGAGGCCGAUGGUACUGCUACAGGACGGAAGCUGCAUGACACGUUUGCUGACUCGCUGCGCUACGUCAACAAGCUGCUCAACAGCCAGUUUGGCUUCACAUCACGCAAAGUCCCUGCGCAUAUGCCGCACAUGAUUGACCGUCUCAUCAUGCAGGAGCUGCAGGACAUAUUCCCACAAGAGUUUGACAAAACUUCAGCCCAUCGCGUUCGUCACCCUGAGGACAUGCAGUUUGCCUUUUCGUACUUUUACUUCCUAAUGAGCGCGCAGCAGCAACUCAACGUCUCAGAUGUGUUUGACGAGAUCGACACCGACCACUCGGGUGUUCUGUCCGAUCGUGAGAUUCGAACUCUCGCCACAAGGAUCCACGAGUUGCCCCUCAGCCUCCAGGACCUGACGGGUCUGGAGCAGAUGUUGAUUAACUGCUCCAAGACGCUCCCAACUAACCUGACCCAGCUCCACCUAGUGAACCCCACUCAGGAAGCUUACUACGACCCCAGCAUGCCUCCUGUCACAAAAGGCCUCAUCCUCCACUGUAAGCCUAUCACAGAACGGAUUCAAAAAGCCUUCAAAGACCAGAAUAAAUACAAGUUUGAGAUCAUGGGAGAGGACGAGAUCGCCUUCAAGAUGGUGCGGACCAACGUGUCCCAUGUAGUCGGCCAGUUGGAUGACAUUAGGAAGAAUCCCAGGAAGUUCAUCUGUCUCAAUGACAACAUCGACCACAGCCACAAGGACGCCGCCACAGUCAAAGCUGUGCUGAGAGAUUUCUAUGAGUCCAUGUUUCCGCUGCCAUCCCAGUUCGAACUGCCCAGAGAGUACCGGAACAGGUUCCUGCACAUGGAAGAGCUCCAGGAAUGGCGCGUGUAUCGGGACAAGCUGAAGUUCUGGACUCACUGUGUCCUCGUGACGCUCGUCAUCUUCACCAUCCUGUCCUUCUUCGCAGAACAGCUCAUUCUGCUCAAACGGAAGCUGUUCCCCAGACGGAGGAUGAACAGGGACAACAACUCAGAGCGGGUCUGAAUUAAGGAAGACUUCCCUCUCUUCUCCUUUCCAAUCGUCAGCCUCCACCCCUCCUGUCCGGCGGGGACCGGUCGGAGGACCUUGUGGAAGCAGGAAUGUGAAAUCCUCGUUGCGGCAUCAAGCACGGGUGGAGGACAGGCUCGUGUCGGAUGACGAAGAAACAUUUUUAACGAAGAUGAUGGAUGGGGCUGGCCGACCAAGGGAAUAACAGCCAGUUUAAAGAAGCCCGUAAGCCUUCUUUUCCUCCACCGGAGGCAUCCGAGUCUUUUUAUACAACACAAACAUAACACUCCGUCCAAACUCUCCCACUCAUCCCUCCAUGUGCUGAUGUGCUGUUAAAGCGAGAAACACUUGAUAGCUGCAGAUUACAACCCUGUGUGCAUGUUUUACCACAGAUUAUUUGUAAAUUUAUCACCUGACAAUGACCUACACCUUCAUAUUUGCUGGUAUUCUCAUCUUAAAAUGUUAGUAUUUGCUGCUUUUCUCCGGUUCUGUGAAUAUCUUUGGGUUUGGACAUUUGAAGACGACUGCUGCUGGGAAAUCGUGACGGUCAUUUAUUUUGCAAAUUAGCGGCGAAACAGCACAAUCAACAGAUGCGGUUAUUACUUCUAACUCUAACUCUAACUGACUGUGUUUGUUUUUUAUCGUUUCACUAUCGUUUCACAUUUAAGUGUUUCACCUCUAAGAACUUGAAGUGCCUUCGUUGUUUAUUCCUGCUCCAAUGAACAUAUCUGUUUUUUAAAAUGUCUUCUUCUAAAAUGUCAGCCUCCCUUCACGCUCUAUUCCGGUGGUUUACUAUGAGGAUGAAUGGGUUAUGGGAUAAUAUGAUUAUCAUCAUGGUACAAAUUGAUGGUUGGAGCUACUUGUGAUGCUGCAGCUUUCACAGCCGCCCGUAUGUGUGUCCCCGUGGGACUCAACAGGCUCGCUGCUGUCUGAAAUUCAGACCUCCUCAGCAUGUUCUGUAACUUAUUCUGAUUGUAUUAUUGUGACAGUGGACCCAGUGACUUACGCAUUUGAAUGCCAAAAUGUAAAAAUGCUCGUCAUCUGUUCAAGAAAUCUCCUCUGAAUGUCAGUUUUACUAUUUUCAUUAUUAUAAAGAGUGAGUGUUAGAAGCUGUCUGCAUUUUGCUGCUGAGCUCUGAGUCAUAUAAAGUGUGAUGGGGUGGGUGGCGAGACAAGCGUGUUUGUUAAUGGGAUUUCCUUGGAUUGCAUCAGUUUCAGUGUUUCCUGGCUGAAAUAAAUGUGAUUCGUUUCAGUCA